AAAGGAAAAAAAGGAAGGAAAGGAUUAUUAUUAUUAUUGUUAUUAUUAUGCACGCGACACCGUACUCGGAUGUUUCCAUCGAUUUGUCGCAGUUUCUAUUGAAACUCACGGGUGUAUGGAUGACGGUGAACGACGGUGAGAAACGUCGGAGGAGGAUCGCUAUGGCGUACACCUUCGUCAUCCAGGUUUACGGCUUGUAUCUGAAUAUCGGUGACAUUUAUCACAGUUGGGACGAUUUAAGCCAUUGUAUCUUCUUGACUUGUAAUACAUUGUGCAUCGUGUUGGCGAUGUUCAAGUGUUUGAUAUUGUUCAUCCGUAGAACGGAAUUCAAGAAUUUAAUUUUGUUCGCUCGACAGAAUUUUUGGCACUUCAGUUACCACGAUCAUAACGAGAGGAUACUUUUCACGAAGUGCCGGAAAUUUUGCACGUUGUGGACCUUAACCGCGUUCUCGUUCACUCAAGCCUCUUUGACUUUCUAUAUAAUCACGCCAAUAUGCGCGAAUAUCGGGAAAAACAAAUCAGACAGGAUACUUCCGUUCAAAAUGUGGAUCGAUUUCCCAUUAAGUGAGACGCCAUAUUACGAAAUAAUGUUCGUCAUCCAGUUACUUACAGUGCAACAAAUAGGUAUCGCUUACACGUGCAACGACAACUUCUUAUGCGUGUUGAACAUGCACGUGGUCUGCCAAUUUCGUAUACUGCAGCACAGAUUAUCGAAACUGUGGUCAAUAAUUGACGAGCGAACGGAUAAAAUCAAUUACGCGAGCAAGUGUUACGAAGCGUUGAAAGAGUGCAUACGACAGCAUCAAUCGUUGAUCGAAUUCUGCGACAAGCUCGAAUACGUCUAUACAUUACCUAUCUUCGGCCAUGUUGUGGUGUUUAGCUUGCUAAUGUGCUUCGACACGUACGAGAUAUUUCUGGCAAACGUACCUAUUUCGAUGCGUCUCAUUUUCUUUUUCCACAUGGUCGGUAGUUUCAUCCAUAUAAUUUUCUAUUUGCGGCGGAUUGAUAGAGGAGAGUUCGAAUAUCGGAUUGGCAACGUAUUCGGGAUGGUGGACACUGCUGCCAAUGGACGAAACCGGAAGAAUGCUGCGGGAGGAUGUGAAGGUGAUGAUAAUGAAGUCCAUGCGGCCGUGCUAUCUGUCCGCUGGUGGUUUCUUUCCUGUGUCCUUGGAGACAUCCACCGCGGUUCUUUAUAUCCAGUGGCAUUAAAUAAAAUAGUAAUCGAAAAACUUUUGUCAACGUCAAACGUCUCGCAUUACGAAGUAACACUUUCUCGAGGAAGAAAAGGGAAGAGGGAAAUGGGGGAAAUUUCGAAAGGGACGAAAAUUGUCGCGAAAGUCGUGACGCAUUCGAAAGACUCGCCGCGUGGCAAAGAUUUCGCUUUGUCGAUGACGGCAUUUUUAAUGAAAAUCGUUGGUCUCUGGUUGGCCAAAAACAAGCAGGAACAACGUAAACGCCAUUUAACGUUGAUGUACACGGUGAUCGCGAUUUUGUUCGGCGUUUGGGUCCAGUUCAGGGACUUUUAUUAUUCGUGGCCCAACUUCGGUAACUGUGCUUAUACAGCUUGCAACAUUCUGUGCCUGAUCAUGGUAUUAUUAAAGUUGUUCGUCCUGUUUGUGCAUAGAAAAGAGUUCAUCGAUCUUCUCGUGUACACGCACGAAAAUUUUUGGCACACCAAUUAUACGCAUAACGAGCUGUUAUUGCUACAAAACUGCAAGAGAAUUUGUAUGUUGUGCAUCACUUUGAUCAACGUCUGCGCUCAAGGCACGAUCGUCAGCUACGUGUUAACACCUAUUGUGGAAAAUAUCGGAAGAAACCAUUCAGAUAGAGUUCUUCCAUUUAAUAUGUGGGUUGACCUACCUACGCUAUUUGUAUCACCGUACUAUGAAAUAUUAUUCGUGCUUCAGGUACUUUCUUUGUAUCACGUCGGUGUAUGUUACAUUUGCUUCGACAAUCUGUUGUGCCUGAUGAAUCUGCACGCAGCCACCCAAUUUCGUAUUUUACAACACAGAUUAUCGAAUCUGAGUAGCGGAUGGGAUACGAGGCGGUUGAACAAGAUGGAUAGAGAAACGAGAUGGUCAAGUUGCAUGGAAAAUUGUUACGAGACGUUCAAAUUAUGCGUCAAGCAGCAUCAGGAUCGAAUCACUUAUUGCCAAAGGCUGAACAAUAUAUUUACGAUCAUAGUGCUUGGCCAUAUACUUGUCUUUAGCUUGUUGAUGUGUCUGGUCGGUUUUCAGGUACUUAUGGCAAAUUCACCACCAACGAGGCGUCUCAUUUUCGUGUUUCACAUAACGGGCAGCCUGUGCCAAUUGUUGCUGUUCACAUACAGCUGCGAUUCUUUGAUACAAGAAAGCACGAAUAUCGGGAGUGCUGUGUACUCUGGCCCUUGGAUAUGCCUGCCAAUGAACAGGAUCGGCAGAACGCUGAGAAGAGAUCUGACAAUGGUCAUAAUAAGAUCGAGGAAGCCUUGCUGUUUGACCGCUAGCAGAUUCUUCCCCGUCUCCCUGGAAACUUGUACCACGGUGCUCAGUACAGCGAUGUCGUAUUUCACUUUAAUGAGGCAAUCUUUUGCCAAUUGAAUCGUAGAAUAUGCAUAAAUGUGAUA